GUCCUAUAUAUGGAUACACUACUACGUAUACGAAGCAUGUUGCGCUCCAUUGUUGUUUUAUAAUUAAAUUUUCAUUUAGAACUACGUUUAUGUCUUUUCAUGCUGAAGAUAUACAAGGAAAGAUACGCAUUAAACGAUCAAAAUGUUGCGACGACAAGCAAGACUUCGUAGAGAAUACCUCUACAGAAAAUCAGUUCAGGAUAAAUUGAAAAAUAUUCAAGAAAAGAAAGAAAAACUGAAACGCAGUUUGGAAGAAAAUGUACCGAUACAUCCAGAUUUAAGGAAAGAUGCUUUGAAUAUACAACAGAAAUUAGAUUGGGAAGAUGCAGGCCCAGAAAUGGCUGUGGCCAUGGGAACAGAAAUGGGAGGAACUCUAGGUUCUCACGAGGAUGAUGAAUAUCGAUGGGCUGGUGUUGAAGAUCCAAAAAUUGUAAUUACCACUUCUCGUGAUCCUAGUUCUCGGCUGAAAAUGUUUGCCAAAGAAUUACGUUUAAUAUUCCCCAAUUCUCAAAGAAUGAAUAGAGGAAACUAUGAAAUGAAGCAACUUAUACAUGCCUGUCGUGCAAACGACGUUACAGAUUUUAUAAUUGUUCAUGAACAUAGAGGUAUACCUGAUUCUCUUAUCAUUUGUCAUUUACCAUAUGGUCCUACAGCGUACUUUACUAUGUCAGAUGUUGUUAUGAGACACGAUGUGCCUGAUAUUGGUACAAUGUCAGAACAAUAUCCUCAUCUUAUCUUCCACAACUUUAAAACAAAGUUAGGUACACGUGUUAUGAGUAUCUUAAAAUACCUAUUCCCGGUACCAAAAGAAGACAGUAAAAGAAUAAUCACCUUUGCUAAUCAUGAUGAUUAUAUAUCAUUCCGACAUCAUACGUAUAAAAAGGUUCAUGGAAAAGACAUUGAAUUGACAGAAGUUGGACCUAGAUUUCAGUUAAAAUUGUACGAAAUUAAAUUAGGUACUUUAGAUGCAGAAUCAGCUGCUGAUGUAGAAUGGGCUUUAAGACCUUAUAUGAAUACCACCCACAAAAGAAGAUUUUUAUCCGAUGAAGAUGGCUGGCAACAAGAAGACAAUAUUUAAUUUUUUUUUACUAUUUAACUAGUUAAUUUCAAUAAACUUUGUAAUAUUGAAAAUAAUAAGUUUUUA